UUCAACGUACGCCCGGAAACGUGACAUUCUCUCGGUGUGGAACGUUCCAAAGUAAUGUUUUGUUAUUUGAAUUUUCCACUCAUUUUGAGUCAUCAGUGAUUUGGUCGUUUCGACACUCGGCCACUCGCAAAUUCCCUCGUUAAACUCAUCGCGAGUGAAUUCGUUGAGAGAGCGAAAACGAAAUUUUCAAAAUAACGCGCUCGAUUGACUUUCCUCUUGAUCGCGUGGCCGCGAAAUCGCCAAAAAUUCAUCAAUUCGUUUACAUCAUUUGCACCUCACCGAUGCAUUUCUUGAUCGUACGGGCUACUAUGACGAGGAAGUGGAGAACUUGAUGGAACCGCUUUGUCCCUUGGCUAACGUCUCAAUCGAUAUCUGAGUUAAUUCGAUCAGCCACGGCGCGCAAAAAAAUUUUUGUGACAAGGUACUUCCAUUCAUUGGUCCAAGAUGAAGAAGGACGGCGCGAAGGAAUACACGGUGAAUGGAAAGACUUCGAGUGCGUACGUUAAUCAAGCGCUCAGUGGAUCCGCCGGAAGUUUGGAUAUCAGCAAUCCCAUUGGGUCGCAUCCCAUGUUGAACAGCUCUAACAGAGUCCAUCACGAAAGUCGAGGCUCCUCGGACUUCAUAUUGAUCGAAGAGCCCGGAGAUGAAACCAAACACAAAGACAAUGUUUUCGUCUCGGCUGCCCAAUACGCGAGACACAAAGCAAGGUCGAUAUGUACCACAAAAGUGUUGUACAAGAGAUUACCAAUUUUGAGAUGGUUACCAAAAUACAACGGGGAGGAUGCCUUGGGCGAUUUUGUUGCCGGUAUCACCGUCGGUCUCACCGUCAUCCCCCAAUCUUUAGCUUAUUCCACUGUCGCUGGAUUACCACCGCAGUAUGGACUCUACGGAAGUUUUUUCGGUUGUCUUAUCUACAUUAUAUUCGGUUCGUGCAAGGACAUACCACUUGGACCAAGUGCCAUCGUCUCACUGCUCACUUAUCAGACAGUUUCUCAUCUUGAUUCGCCUAUACAGCACGCAAUUCUUCUUUGCUUUAUGGCAGGAUUGAUCGAACUCUUCAUGGGUUUAUUCGGCCUCGGUUUCCUCAUUGACUUUGUCUCGGGUCCCGUAAGUUCUGGUUUCACAUCGGCAGUAGCGUUGAUCAUCGUAACUUCCCAAUUGAAAGACAUACUCGGUAUCCAUGCAAAAGGUUCGACUUUUGUCGAACUUUGGCAAAGCAUCGCCAAAGGAGUUCACGAAACUUCCGUUUGGGACGCCGUCCUCGGAGUAACUUGCAUAGCACUUCUUCUAAUACUCAGGAUCAUUGCGACUGUUAGCAUAGGACCAAAGGACCAAGAACUGCAAACCACCAAACAAAAAAUAGUUAAUAAAUUAAUUUGGCUGACUGGAACUUCGAGGAACGCGAUUCUCGUAGUUCUCUGUGGACUGCUGGGAUACAGUUUCACCUCAGAAUCCCCUUUCAAGUUAAUCGGUUAUUUACCGAGCGGGAUGCCAACUGCACAGCUGCCGCCUUUCGGUUACACGAAAGAGGACAACACAACAGUUUCCUUUUUGGAAAUGGUUUCAAAUCUGGGCAGCGGGCUGCUCGUUUUGCCAUUGAUUUCGUUGAUGGAGGACGUCGCAGUGUGCAAAGCAUUCGCCAACGGACGUUCGGUUGACGCUACUCAAGAGCUGAUUGCCCUCGGAAUCGCAAAUAUCGGAAAUUCCUUCUUUCAGGCAUUUCCAGGCACGGGAUCACUCAGCAGAGGUGCAGUGAACAACGCGUCGGGAGUGAGAACACCCAUGGGAGGUCUUUACACCGGUAUUCUCGUCAUACUGGCGCUGCUUUUCUUGACUCAGUACUUCUUUUACAUACCAAAAGCAUGUUUGGCUGCAAUCAUUAUCGCGGCAGUUAUUUUCAUGGUCGAAGUUAAGGUCGUCAAACCCAUGUGGAGAGCGAAAAAAUCCGACCUUCUGCCCGGUUUGGGAACGUUCAUCGCUUGUCUCGUGCUCCAACUCGAAGUCGGAAUCCUCUGCGGGGUCGGACUCAACGUUCUUUUCAUCCUUUAUCACGCUGCGAGACCAAAAAUAUCAGUCGAGAAGCUCACGAGCCGUUGCGGCGUCGAGUUCCUCAUGUUGACGCCGGACCGAUGUUUGGUCUUCCCGUCGGUCGAUUACAUGAGAAAUUUGGUUACAAAGUACAGUCGAUCGACCGGGAGUGCAGCGACCCCGGUGGUGAUCGAUUGCUCGUACAUAUACGGAGCCGAUUUCACAGCGGCGACAGUAAUCGAGAGCUUGACGAAGGAUUUUUCGGCGAGGGGUCAACCCUUGUUCUUCUACAAUGUGAAGCCCUCGGUUUACGCAAUUUUCGAUGCAGUUGGUCCAACCGAUUUCGUCGUUUACUACACCCAGGAGGCUCUUGACGAUCUUCUCAAAGAGAGAGGCUAUCUCAAACAGUGCAAACAAAAUAUCCCGCUUGCUUAGCGCCCCUCGAACUGCGAAGGAAAAAAAAACAAAUAAUUAGUAAGAAAAAACCGAUUCGUUUUGCUUAUCCACACCGUUCGGUAUCAGGUGAAAUAAGAGAGAGAAAACAAAUUAGUUAUAAUGCUUAUUCGUAAUACGCCUCGCAUGUGGCAUGCGAUAGUCGCCCAAUUCUUUUGCCACCAUGUGGCAGCCGUCAAAUAAUGUCACAGGAUCGUGUAGAUCGAUCGAUUUUUUAUCGACUGUUAUCGUUACUUAUACUCCACAUAUAUAUUCACGUAUUUUAUGUUUUUUUCAAUCAUUCAUCAACAAAUGAUAUUCGAAGCUGCCUCAAAAGAGCAGGGACUUAUGCGAGAUAACGACGAGGUUCGUCAUCAAAAUCCAUCCAAUUCAAAUCACCCAAGCACCCUAAAUUAUAUAUAAAACAAAUGACAAGAUAUAUAUUUGUAGCAUGAAAUCAAUCAUUACGCGAUCGUCAUAGAUAAAUUCAAUUGAAAAAAUUCCAUUUUCAAUAUAGUACAAGAACAUUGUAAAUAACGAGAAACGACCAUUGUAGUAUUAUAAAUCAAAUGAUAAACAAGAAACCAGCAAUUAAUUUCGUACUUGUAAUAUUUACUCGAAAUAUCAGUCCACAGGAUGUUUAAACUGUU